AGAGGCUGUUCUACCUAUUUUCAUGUUGUUGGAGAAUUUGAGUAAAUUAUAUUCCUUCAGUUAUAAGUAACUAUAAGCCAAUUCUGACGAGACAUACAAUUUUCAUUAUUAGAUGAAACAUAAUACUUAAAACCACACCUGGAGCAAGUAAACAAAAAGGGACUGAAAAGAGCAUAUUUGUUCUGGCAUUGAAGUCGAUAUAUACUUAAUUCAAUAUUAUUUCCUAAUCUGUCUUGUGAAAAGGACGGCUAAGGUAUCAGAAACUGAACAUUCAUUUGUGCUACCCAACAAGCAUCCAUUGACAUAAGAAGUGGAAAAUGUCUUCCCAGUGUAUUGGUUCUGCCAUUUCUCAUUUUCCUCUUAGGCUCAAAUAAUGUCACACAAAUUCGUCAAACGUCUGUUUGAUUCUUCCCCAUGGCCCUGGCAAGAACCAAAUAUUAAGCAAAAUGGUGUAGUUUUCUCCUAUGUUCUUGGUAUUUUAGCUUUGCUAUGGUUUCUUUCGUUUUUCAUCAAUAAGUCAAAAAAUGGACAACCCCCAUUGCCACCAGGGCCUAAAGCUUUGCCUUUUCUAGGUAAUCUCCAUUCUCUCGAUCCCGAACUUCACACCUGGUUUGCAUCUCUUUCCCAAACUUAUGGCCCCAUUUGUAGACUCUGGCUUGGUAAAAAAGUUGGGGUUAUUAUUACUUCACCUGCCUUAGCUCGCGAGGUGCUUAAGGAUCAAGAUACCAUUUUUGCUAAUAGAGAUGUGCCUGCUGCUUGUAGAGAAUCUUCAUAUGGUGGCAAAGACAUAGUUUGGACUCCUUAUGGACCGAAAUGGCGUAUGUUGAGGAAAGUUUGUGUUCGGGAAAUGCUUAGUGGUUCUACUUUAGAUUCUGUUUAUGCACUAAGGAAAAGGGAGCUUAGACAAUCGAUCAAUUACUUCUAUAAUCAGGCAGGAUUGCCUGUGAAUGUCGGUGAACAGAUGUUCUUGACUGCGCUUAAUGUGAUUACAAGCAUGUUAUGGGGUGGCACGGUGAAGGGUGAGGAAAGAAUUAGUCUUGGAGCUGAGUUUAGGCAUGUUGUCACUGAUAUGACUGAGCUGUUAUGUACUCCAAAUAUUUCCGAUUUUUAUCCGGGAUUGGCCAGGUUUGAUUUGCAGGGUGUAACAAAGAAGAUGAAUGUGUUGGCAAAGAGAUUUGAUAAGAUAUUUGACAGCAUGAUUGAUCAAAGACAGAAAAUGAACAGAAAUGCUGAGACGGGAACUAACGUUGGCCAAGAAAGCAAGGAUUUUUUGCAAGUUUUGCUGAAGUUGAACGAUAAAGCAGAUUCCAAAAUGCCUCUGACUAUGACUGAACUCAAAGCCUUACUUAUGGAUAUGGUUGUUGGUGGAACUGACACAACCUCCAAUGCGGUUGAGUUUGCCAUGGCUGAAAUUAUGAACAAACCAGUCGUCUUGAGGAAAUUACAACAAGAACUGGAUACAGUUGUGGGAAAAGAUAAUAUUGUGGAAGAGUCUCAUAUUCAGCAAUUACCUUAUCUCUAUUCAGUUAUGAAAGAAGUCUUGCGCAUACAUCCAAUUCUUCCACUCUUGGUGCCACAUUGUCCUAGUGAAACAUGCACUGUGGGAGGAUACACUGUUCCUAAAGGAUCUCGUGUUUUCGUAAAUGUAUGGGCUAUACAGAGAGAUCCUUCUAUCUGGAAAAAUCCAACUGAGUUCCAUCCUGAGAGAUUUUUGGACAAUAAAUGGGAUUAUAGUGGAAAUGAUUUCAACUAUUUUCCAUUUGGUUCUGGCCGACGAAUCUGUGCAGGGAUAGUCAUGGCAGAGAGGAUGUUCAUGUAUUCACUGGCUUCACUAAUUCAUUCUUUCAACUGGACGUUGCCCAAAGGAGGAGCAUUAGACCUUACAGAGAAGUUUGGCAUUGUUCUGAAGAAGAAAAUGCCUCUGGUAGUUAUACCUACUCCAAGAUUGUCCAAUCCAACACUGUAUGAGUAAGAUAAAAGAUUUUGCUCUAUCCUGGCAAUGAUCUUAUGAACAACUCAAAUUUUCACUGUUCCAUGUGAAAUGGCUAAUUUUCAGACUACUUAAAUAUUGUAUACUGAAUCGAAUUUGGAAUAAUACUGCAUGCAUUACUUUAUUGUCGAGAUUAUGCUUCUGUUUUUGUAUGAUGAAACUA